AUGUCUGUACCGUCAAUGGCUAACUUCAUCGUCAAGCGGCCCUGGCUGUCGAGGUGGAUGGUGCCGCUGUCGAAGUGGUACAAGGACGCCGCUGGCUACAGGAAGCUUGGGUUGAGGUCCGAUGACCUGAUCCCGGAGGAGAACGAGAUUGUGCAGCUGGCGAUCAAGCGACUCAGUCCAAAGGAGGCAUACGACCGGGUGUACCGUAUGAGGAGGGCGUUCCAAUGUUCUCUACAGCACCAGUUGCUCCCCAGACAGGAGUGGACAUCAGAUGAGCAGGACUACCAAUACCUCUCCCCCAUCAUCGAGGAGAUCGAAAAGGAGCGGUCGGAGCGUGAGGACUUGGAGUCCAUGGUGAUCAAGAAGCCCCAGCCUGGCAGCAAGGUGAAAUAG